AUGGCGCACGAAGGCUCGAGGCAGGAGAGGCCAGUCAGAGACCGUGGGGUGACCCGAUCCAAGGCGGAAAAGGCGCGGCCGCCUACCGUGCCGGUGCCGCAGGUGGAUAUCGUGCCCGGGCGGCUCAGUGAGGCCGAGUGGAUGGCGCUGACGGCUCUCGAGGAGGGCGAGGACGUCGUGGGGGAUAUCUUGGCCGAUCUGCUGGCUCGAGUCAUGGACUCCGCCUUCCAAGUGUACCUGACUCAGCAGUGCAUUCCGUUCACUAUCAGCCAGGCCCGGGAGGCCAUGCUGCAGAUCACCGAGUGGCGCUUCCUGGCCCGGGACGAGGGAGAAUCUGCAGUAGCUGAAGACCCAACUUGGGGCGAGGACGAGGAGCCCUCGGCGUGCAUGACGGACGCCUGGGCCCGGGGCUCGGUGCCCGUGCUGCAAGCGCUUGCCGCGGACGUUCGGGAGGAGACCUUUGGAGGCGAAGGUCCUGGGAGCGUGGACCGGAUCCCUUUAGGAAGGUCGUGGAUGGGUAGAGGCUCCCAGGAGCAGAUGGACUCUUGGGAGCCUUCUCCAGAGCUGAGAGUCACUGGCCCCCCGCCCACCCCGGGGCUGUUUCAGGAGGCAGGAUCCGCGGGUCCUUUAGAGGAACCGGACGGCCCGGUGAGAGGCCACUUCUCCUCAGCCGAGUCCUUGAACACGAGCUUCCAAUCGUCGGUGGAGGUGGCGCCUGUCAACAGUCCCCAUCCUUCUCUGGUAGCCAGCCCCCGGGCCGAGAAGGGACAGCCCCUCAGCUCCCAGUUGUCGCUCGAAGACCUCUACUAUUGCGUGUCCCAGCCGGACGGGGCUGGGGACUGGCUGAAGCUCAAGACGGAGGGCGUGCCCAGCAUCGCCUCGGGCGUGCCGGUGCCCUGCCCCUCUGCGGGCGGCCCCACCCAGCUCAGCCCCUCGGCGUCCUUCCAGCCGCGGCAGCCCGAGCGCUCGGACGCGCGGCUGAGCGCGCCUCACCACGGGGUAGGCCGCAAGGUGGCCUCGGCGCGCCUGGACCCCGCGCGGCUCCCGCGCCACUGGGUGUGCCCCCUGGCCGAGGUUCUGGUCCCAGACUCCGAGACGCGCCCCUUGGAAGCCUAUCGCGGGCGCCAGAGGGGGAAGAAGACCGAGGCACCGGCCGAACCCCAAGACCCCGGCCCCGGCGUGCGCGUUUCCCCGGCAGCGUUCUUCCCUCUCCGGCCUGGUGCUCCUACACGUCCCUUGGGCCCGGGCCCCGCCCUCCAAUUUCCCACUUUAAACUUAGGCCUACAGUCGCCGUCCUUUGGGUCAAAGCUACCAUUCCCUAGACCCGCGCUCCAAUUCCUCGCCACGCAUCCGGCACUCCCCGACGUGGCCCGCAGCCCCAGCCCCAAGCUGUGGCCCAGUGCCAAGUGGCCUAGCGGUAAGGAAGGGGAAGCCGAGCUGCUGGGUGAGCUGUGGGCCGGCCGCAGCCGUGUGCCUCCACAGGGUCUGGGGCCCGCAGACAGGGAGGGCCAGGAUCCUGGCAGAUGGCCUCAAAUCGUGCCCCGGGUCCUUGAGGCCACCUCCCAGGUGAUGUGGAAGCCCAUGGUGCUACCAGAAGCAGUGAAGCUGGCUCCUGGUGUGAGCAUGUGGAACCGGAGCACCCAGAUGCUGCUUAGCUCUUCUGUUCCCCAACAAGAAGACAAAGAAGGUGGUACCUCUCUUCCCAUUGAGCAGCACCCCAUCCAGACAGCUGCCCCGAAGCCCCAGGUGACUGUGGCACAGCUAAUGAAGAACUCAACCCCCAAAGUGUGGUCACUCCCCUCCAAGCCCCUGCCUGAUUCUGGGCACUGAGUGGGAACUGC